AUGACCCUUUUGUUCAUCAUAAGUUUACUCACUACUUUUGUCAACGCUUCGUCCUCACAAAAGCGCAUUGAUGGUAUUCGUCAUAUCAAAGUAGAUAUUGUAGUACAGAGUAAGAAUUAUGAACUCCUCGACGUUCCUGGUUUUGAUUCUCCCAUCAAAGAACAUCGUGAUGCUGGUCUACAAGCUAUAAAAACAGCUGAUGCUUUUCUUUUCCUUACCAAUGGUCAACAACCAAGUCUGACUCAGCCACAAAUUCGACUUCUUCAGGAAAUUCAAGAAAAUCACUUUGAAGCAAUGCAACGUGCAUUUGGUAUUAUCACAAAACUCGAUCUUUGUCAAACUCCAGCAACUUAUGAAGAUCAUUAUGAUAAAGCUUUUAAUGAACUCAUUGAGAAAAAAUUUAAACCAGAACAUAUUUAUGUUGCUUGUCCACGAUUACAGAUUCUCGACAAAAAUACUGAAGAAUUUCGUAUUAUCAAUCGUAAAAUACAUAGUUUUAGUAAUGAUUUAGCACAAGGAUUUGAAUGA